AUAAAUAUAACGCCUUUGGAUAAUGUGUCAUCAUUAGGAAAACUUGUACCAACUAACGCUACUAUUUUAUCAAGAAGCAACAAUUUAUCACAGACAAACUGGCCACCUCUGUACGCACCUUACGUUGAUGCAGAGUUAAAUGGUGCGCAUCAAACAUUAUCACACGCAAGUCAAAAUAAUGACAAACAUGUACAAAAUGAUUAUAAAUCAAAUACAGAUGUAGGUCAUAAUUUAGAAGACGUUUCUAUGUCUUUCUUAUCGUCGUCCCUAAAGCAAAAAUUAACUGAAUUAGACGAGAUCACGCAACGUCUGCAGUCACGUCUACGCGAUGUCACAAGCACAGCUUUUGAAGAUGAAUUUGACAAUGAUUUUGACGUAAUUGAGCCGAACGUUGACAAUGAAAAUACUAACGAUAGAAACAUUGAGAUUGCACAUUAUCCACAAUCCGCAGUUUCUGAAUGUUCUGACAAUGAGACAUCACAAAUGUCGAAGCAAUAUGAGAUACCGAACGAUCAAAACAUCAUAAGUAACGAGAAGCAAACCUCUUCCGUAAGCAAUUGCAAUCUGCAUUUUGAAUCAACGUCCAACAAAAGUAAGGCUGUAAGUUCCGAAGCGACCGACACUGGAUAUUGUUCAAGCUCUAAUAUACGUUUGAGUCAACAUCCUGAUUAUUAUCACAAUCAGUAUCAAAAUAGAUCGACGUUUAAUUAUUUAUCGGACAAUAAUACGGAAUAUCCCGUGCGAGGUACCAAAACACAUAUAAAUCAUCUGCUCGAUAAGCUCUCUUUGGACCUGCCGCCCAAAUCGUCCGCAGAAACGGCCGUACCGAUAAGAAAAAACAUUCUAGAGUUAUUCGCGAGUUUACGAGACCGAGAGCAUAGAAGUAACUCACAAGACAAGAACAAAAACGGUCGUAACGUUAACACCUGCACGGUGCUCACUCAGACUGAUGAGGAGCAACUUGCGCACUCUUACACAAAUUUCAUCACCUCUAAAACGACCGUUGAGGAAAGCAUUUCCGUCGAAUCGCCUCCUAAUAGAAUAUCGACGGUGAUACGCGAAGAACUGGUCGCAGAGGAAAAUAACGACAGCACGAAUUGUGACGAAUUGACGACUUAUUUGAUAACUUCUAACGUACGUCACAUGGAUCUGGAUAAUAUAUUUAAUCCGCUUUUGUAUCAGCAUUUGAUACCAGAUUUGCAAGUUGCAGCUGCCGUAUCGCCGGAAGGAGAAGCCGUGGAGCAACUAGAUAAUCGAUACACGAGAAGCUUUGACAUAGCAGUGCACAACAGUAAUAUCAAUUUUUUGAGAGAGAACAAUAUUCUACUUCAAAAUGAUGCGCAAUCGAAAGAUAGGACGAUUAUUUUAGAGUGUGAUAAGAAAAAGGAAUUUUUCGGCUUGACAUCUUCGGACGUGUCGGAAAAUGUCGACAGUAGUAUUGAUAUGACCGUCAUCUAUAAAUCUAGCGAGAAUGAUUUAACGUCAGAUAAUAACACGGAAUCGACCGCUGUUGUGUCAUUCGACAAGUCGUCGUUACAGCAAGUCAGGGUUGAAGCGAAGGAUUAUUCCGCGUCUGAAUUAUCUGUUCCUGGAGUGUCGAGACAAGCGCCCGAGGGUGGAAAUCCCGUGGAAGAAGUCAAGACGUCGGUAGUAGCAAAUUGGCAAAAUGAUACCCAAGAUAUAUCAGCAGACAGCUAAAUACUCUUGAAUAUUUACGAGAUUUGUAAUAAAUUAGAUUAGGAUUAAAAAGAACUAUAUAUAUUUAUAAGUACAUUGU